CUGUGCCAUCUGCUGGUCCUUCUGAAGGUGGCAGAAAAGCUGUGGGAAAAACUCAAGCAGUCUCACACUUGCCUGAAGUCACUAAGGUUAGUGAAGGGAUUGAGACUCCUUACACUCUUCCUCGGGUUGACUUAUCUGUUGGCAAUAGUUCGGCUGGGUCAAAAGCCGCUACUCGGCUCAAGGUCCGACUUGCCAGACUGCAACUUGAGGCCCAAGAAAAGGCACAGCAUAGACAGUUCCAACUAGACAUGAAACGGUUGGAAAUUGAAGCUGACACUACUGUGAGGCUACGCCAAUUAGAGCUUCAGACUCAGGCUGCAGCUCAUGUUUCUGCUGUUCCUGUUAACUCCACUAAUGGUUCUGUUUUCUCCUCAGAUGCUGCACAAAACAGACCCUUUGAUGUUGCAAGGUAUGUUGCUUUGGUGCCUGAAUUUAGAGAAGCCGAGGUAGAUUGCUACUUUUCAGCUUUUGAACGAAUAGCACAAGCUUUGCAGUGGCCAUC